AUCGUUAAGUACGGUUUUGGAGGUGGGCGUGACACCUAAAUAGCUUUAGCUUGCUAAAUGUUAGAGGAACAUCGAGCCACAAAAUUUGUACAAAACGACACUUAAUCGACGGAGAGAGGCGACACGUCGCUGCAGGAGGUUUACCUGCUACCCUUAAAAGUGUCCCCAAUGGCAUCUAACAUGGUCAUGGACACGAUGCCGCAUCCUCACCCUGUUCCAGCCUCACUCCCUGUAGCUCAAAAUGGGAUUCCCAUCCAGGAGCCAGUGCUGGCUGAAGUACCUGAGACAGCCGUGGCCUCGAACCCCAUUUCUGCCCCGGCUGCCACACAGGCUCAGCCUCCACACCCAGAUGUUGCUAGUGGCCUUGCUCCUGUUUCCGAGCUACCCCAGGCUCUUCUUCCUUCGCUGCCUCCACCGCCACCACCGUCCUGUACUAAAAACCCCGACUCCAAGAUCAUGACCUUUCGUCCGACUAUGGAGGAAUUUAAAGACUUUGCCAAAUACAUUGUCUACAUGGAGAGUGAAGGAGCUCAUCGUGCUGGUCUGGCCAAGGUGAUUCCACCAGAUGGUUGGAAACCGCGGAAAUCCUACGAGGCCAUUGAGGACAUGGUGAUCCCAGCUCCCAUCAUGCAAGUGGUGACUGGUCAGUCUGGUCUCUUUACCCAGUACAACAUCCAGAAGAAAUCCAUGACAGUGGGCGAGUACCGCAAGCUGGCAAACAGUAAAAAGUACUGCACACCUCGGCAUAAAGACUUUGAUGACCUAGAGAGGAAAUACUGGAAGAAUCUGACUUUUGUGUCACCCCUUUAUGGUGCAGAUGUUAGUGGAUCUAUCUAUGAUGAGGACAUUCGAGAGUGGAACAUUGGCCACCUAAACACGCUGCUCGAUAUGGUGGAGCAGGAGUGUGGAAUCGUCAUAGAAGGCGUGAACACUCCCUAUCUCUACUUCGGCAUGUGGAAGACCACCUUUGCCUGGCACACUGAGGACAUGGAUCUCUACAGCAUCAACUACCUGCAUUUUGGCCAGUCCAAGUCAUGGUAUUGUAUCCCACCAGAGCAUGGCAAAAGGCUGGAGAGACUGGCACAAGGUUUCUUCCCUGGUAGUUCCCAAGGGUGUGAUGCUUUCCUUCGUCACAAGAUGACUUUGAUAUCUCCAUCCAUCCUGAAGAAAUAUGGCAUUCCCUUUGACAGGGUAACUCAGAAUGAAGGGGAAUUUAUGAUAACUUUUCCUUAUGGCUACCACGCUGGCUUCAACCAUGGCUUCAACUGUGCUGAAUCCACAAACUUUGCCACUCUGCGUUGGGUUGACUAUGGCAAAACUGCUACUCAGUGUACCUGCCGAAAGGAUAUGGUCAAGAUCUCCAUGGAUGUUUUUGUCCGCUGCCUCCAGCCAGAUCGCUAUGAACUGUGGAAGCAGGGAAAAGACAUCAUAACAUUGGACCACAGUCGGAUCACGGAGCUCAGUUCCCCAGAAUUGCAGCGCUGGAGACAGCAUCGUGUCACAUACAGAGCCAACAUUCUGCGGAGGGCAAUGCAGAAAAUGAAACAGUUCCGCCGUCUUAAGUUAGAGGAGGUGAAGGUGCUGGCUGAAGAGGGCAUUGAGUUAAAUGCUGCUGAAUACCAGCGUCAAGUGGAAGAGCGGGAAGCCCAGCGUAAGCAGGAGCGAGAGGAACGUCUAGCCAGAGAGGCCAUGAUCACCCUUGAGGCCCUGGAGCGUAGGGAACUGGAGGCAGCAGAAGCUGCCUCGAGAGCAACUGAAACUUCAGCUCAAGAGGAACCUGAGGCCCAACAGCAAAACAUGACUGAGAAUAUGACAGAGGAUGUUCAAAUAACACAGAAAAGUAAAGCCAUCACUGGAUUUCAAGAAGCAUUUGAACAGUUUGCUGCAUCACGGUCUGUCAUCUCAGAUGACACAGAGGAAAUAAGUUGCAACCAGGCAAGCUACUCCGAGGUGAAGAUGACAACAGAGGUAAAGAAGAGCCGACGCCACCCCCUCACCAAACCUCCCAUGCGGUCUCCUUUGUCUGUUGUCAAGCAAGAUCCGACUGGUUCCAAAGAGCUUUCAACGCCCAUGGCACUGGAAAGCAGCAUGAAGAAACAGGAGCACCUGUGGCAGAAUCGCUCCCGCAACUUCUUGGCUGAGAAGGCCUUCAAUUCCGCUGUGUCAGUACUCCAGCCACAUUGUGCUGUCUGCUCCCUCUUCUGUCCAUACAAGAAGCCACAUCACGAGCCCAUCAAUGCAAAUGACCGCCAGCGCCCCUAUGUUCCACGUCCUGGAAGUCGAACUCGCCCAAUAGUUCCUGAGAUGUGCUUUAGUGUUGGGACAGGCAGCACUGAGCCUCCCCCCACGAGCAACUACAUUGGGGAGGAUGGAACCAGUGUCUUGAUUUGUUGCUCCUCAUGCAACAUGCAGGUUCAUGCCAGUUGUUUUGGUAUCAACCCCGACACAGUCCAAAAAAAGUGGACAUGUUCCAGAUGUGUGGCAGGUGCCUGGGCAGUGGAGUGUUGCCUCUGCAACUUGCGGGGAGGAGCUUUGAAGAUUACCAUAGACAACAGGUGGGUCCAUAUCAUCUGUGCCAUUGCUGUGGCUGAAGCUCGGUUCAUCAAUGUCAUUGAAAGGGAGCCGGUGGACGUCAGUGCUGUUCCAGAAACACGGAAAAAUUUGGUAUGCGUGUUUUGCUAUGGCAAGAGUGACAAUAAGAACCGCGGUGCUUGCAUCCAGUGUUCCGAGGAGAACUGCGCAACAUCUUUUCACGUUACCUGCGCCCAAAUUGCUGGAGUUGUCAUGACACCAGCCGACUGGCCCUACGUUGUGUCUGUCACCUGUCACAGGCAUAAAACGUUGAUUCCAAAGCCACGAACGCCGGCAAAAAUCCCCCAGGGCCCGACCCUGGGUCAAAGGGUAAUUGGCCGCAACACUGAUAGUUGGUAUUACCAUUGUACCAUCAUCGGCAUGGCAUCACAAACCUUCUACGAGGUCAACUUUGACGACGGCUCAUACUGUGACAACAUUUACCCGGAAAACAUAACAAGUCAUGACUGCCUUUGUCGAGGUCCCCCUGAUGUUGGGGAGUUGAUCGUGGUCAGCACGGCUGAUGGGCAGGACCUCAAUGCUUCCUUUGUCAAACAACACACCCACAAGGUCUACCAGGUUGAGUUUCAGGACAAAAGUCAGCUGUUGCUAAAACAAUCAGAGCUCCAUCUGCUGGACCAGGAACUGCCCAAGAGGGUCCGAACUCGUCUUGCCAUACCUACAUCCCAGGAGGAUACUUCUUUAGCAGAUGGAGCCGGAGCGGCCAAGCGCCGGUGCCUGCCCUCCACCUCUACCCCGCGCACCAAGGCCGUGCCCUCCACCACCAAUGCACCGUGCACCACCAAGGCCCUGCCCUCCACAUCUACCCCGUGCACCAACGCCCCCAUGGUGACGAUAUCUGCGGCCCAGCCGACCACCCCUGUAGCAGCACCGGCAUCAACGCAAUUUAGCAGCACGAGUCAUCUGUCAGCCCCACAAUUUCUGUCCCGCAUCAGCAUGAGCUCAUCUGUAGUGUCCACGCCCCCCAGUGCUACUCCGAUGCUUCCCGAGGCUCCAAUGGACACAGGCGGUGCCUUGUCCCACGUUUUGACAGAGUUGAACUUGGCCUCGGACCCCACGCUAACGCCACAGUCCACCCCGUUCCAUUGCCAGUUGAACUCCGACCCCCUUUUGUCCGCGCAGUCCCCUGCCCCGCCUCUGCCCCCACCCGAGCAGAGCAUGUCAGACAGUUACAUGCCGAGCAGCGGCUACGUCUCCUACAUGGAGACCCUCCUGCACUCACAUUUCCCUCAGGAUGAGGGGCCAGGAACUCUGUUUUAGAUAACAGCUCAACUCCGCUACUACCAACACCAAUGGGAUGGAUGCUAAUAGAGGAGAAGUUUGGUGAGUGCUGCAUUACUGGACAUAUGUUGGCACCAGUUCUCGAAAACAUGAAAGCACUCUCUUAAUGCACGUUACUUUUUUGACCUGGUUGGAUUGCAGUCGAGCUUUAGCAGCAUCAUCUAAACAGGAAGGGGCUUCUUUCAUUUUUUUCUGCUAUUUUUAUUGUUAUUAUUAUUAUUAUUAUUAUUAUUGUUGUCGUUGUUGAUGGUGGUGGCAGUUUUUCAGAAGUUUUUUUCUGUUUGUUUUGUCUCUGGGUGGUAUCAACUCAGUACCUCGUUGCAAAGGUUUGUUAAAGGAAGGCGCACAUUAUUUGGGACAGGAAGCUAAUCGUCAUUGUUUAGGGGGCAUCCUGUACAGAACUGUUUCUUUUCUACAGGUACAAGUUACCAGCAACAAAUAUAUCUAUUUUUCAGUCGAGCCAAGUGUGGCUUUGAAACUAAAGUCGCCACAGAACAUUUUCACUCGCGUUUUUUCCUGCAAGAGGUAAAUGGGGGCAAAUGGAUUUAAAAUGUAUUACUAAUAAUGUCAGUAUUUAAAUGUCUUAGAUAUUGAAUGAAGUGUAUCAGACGAAACAUAUUAAGAGUCAGUCCACAGAAUGCAUUGUGAACAUGUAUUACAGCAGUUUAAAAAAUAAAUAAAUAAAUAAAUAAAUAAAAAGGACCAUGUAUGUAUUGCCAUUUUUUAAUGGUCAUUGGGUGACUUCCACUUUUCACUUGCAAAACAAGUCUCAGGGUUCCAACAUCCACAAAAUCAAUAUAGUUGAGGGCUUUUUACUGCUAAAGAAAGAGAAUUAGUUGAGAAUCCUCAAGCGAUGUAACAGGAUCUAUUAGCUGAAAUAGUCCAUUAAAAUCACAUACUUUUAGUAAAUGCGUUGUAUAAACAUGGGAACCCGAAGGUAUCAUGAUGGUCGAAAUGCAAUGUAUAAAUCCUGUGUUGUAUGAUUAUAGUAUGUACUGUAUCUUUUCUAGUUCAUCUUUUGAUUUGAAGUCGCAAACUUGGCCAUUUUAAAUUUUUUACAGGCUGUCUUGGGCAGAUCACUCUUUGUAGCAGCACCUACACGUUCGUUUUCUACGACCAUUUAUGCUGCAUUGAUCUUAAACUACUGAUGGACUCACUUUCCUGUUUUCACCUUGUUCAUAGCACAAGUCUUGUGUAUUGUGAUUGAAAUCUGUAAAUGUCUAACAUGAACACCCCACACACACCUGUCAUAACUGAGAGAAUUUUGUGUCCAAAUUCAAUGAAACCGUGAAAAGAAACUUUAUUUCAUAGGGAUUAAAGUGGCUUGCUUGUCA